UCCUAUCCUCCCCUCCUCCUAACCUCCGCCCCCAGGAGACUCCCCACAAGGUUAGGCAGGCAACAUCGGAAGUAGGGAGGAGAAUUCUGUUUUAAACCCUCACCAAAUCCAAACUCCUCCUCCUCCUUUCCCUUUCUCCUCCCGCACCAGAGCAGAGCAGAUUCACACUAGGGUCUAAGAAAGAUCCACUUUCCUAGAUAGGAGUCCCAGGACUAGUAGUGUUGGUGACUCGGUCUCAAUGGCACAGAACCCUCUCUUAUCUGGAGUGGAGGAAAAGAUUUUAGCUCAACCCGUUCUAUCCCUCUGGAAACCAAACAGUGGGAAGCUCCUCUGAAAGAGCCUAAGAUCCCCCCAGGGAACAGCUAGACAGCGAUAAACUAGGUUCCGGCCCCUCCCCCCCCGAACCUUUCUCCCAGCCCCUCCCCCUGGGCCCCCGGAUACAUAGGAGCCGCAGAAGCAUCAGUCACAGCUAACAGUAAACGAGGCAACAGCUGCAGUAGCCAACGAAGAGAUUCCUGCUCCAUCUCCAUCUUCUCCAUCUCCAUCUUCAGCUCUAGCUCCAGCUCCAGCCCGCCACCCCCACCCCGGUUCCGACACCGCGGACAGCGCCCGGGCUUCAGGACCGCGGACAGAGCACUGCCCACUCUCGCAUUCUCCUGCGGGCUGCGGAGCACUGAGCUAGCCUAGGGGGAGCAAGGUAAGCUAUGCGGGCGGGAUGCCCCGGCUCCCGCUCCCCAUGGCGCUGCUCCUCAGCCUUGGCCUCUUCGGGCUGUUUCCAGGAGUCCUGGCUACAGACACAGAGGAAAGGUUGGUGGAACAUCUCCUGGAUCCUGCCCGCUACAACAAGCUCAUUCGACCAGCCACCAAUGGCUCUGAACUGGUGACUGUACAGCUUACUGUAUCGUUAGCCCAACUCAUUAGUGUGCAUGAGCGGGAGCAGAUCAUGACCACCAAUGUCUGGCUGACCCAGGAGUGGGAGGAUUACCGGCUUACCUGGAAACCAGAAGAAUUUGACAAUAUGAAGAAAGUUCGACUUCCUUCCAAGCACAUCUGGCUUCCAGAUGUUGUCCUCUACAACAAUGCUGACGGCGUGUACGAAGUCUCCUUCUACUCCAAUGCUGUGGUUUCCUACGAUGGAAGCAUCUUCUGGCUUCCCCCCGCCAUCUACAAGAGCGCCUGCAAGAUAGAGGUCAAGCAUUUCCCCUUUGACCAGCAGAACUGCACCAUGAAGUUCCGUUCCUGGACCUACGAUCGCACAGAAAUUGACUUGGUAUUGAAGAGCGAGGUUGCCAACCUGGACGACUUUACCCCCAGCGGCGAAUGGGACAUCGUGGCCCUGCCGGGCCGGCGGAACGAGAACCCGGAUGACUCCACUUACGUGGACAUCACCUAUGAUUUCAUCAUUCGGCGCAAGCCGCUCUUCUACACCAUCAACCUCAUCAUUCCUUGCAUCCUCAUCACCUCCCUUGCUAUCCUGGUCUUCUACCUGCCUUCCGACUGUGGGGAGAAGAUGACCCUCUGCAUCUCCGUUCUCUUGGCCCUUACCGUCUUUCUCCUGCUUAUCUCCAAGAUUGUCCCCCCCACCUCCCUGGACGUGCCGCUGGUCGGCAAGUACCUCAUGUUCACCAUGGUCCUGGUGACUUUCUCCAUCGUCACCAGCGUCUGCGUCCUCAACGUGCACCACCGAUCCCCCACCACCCACACCAUGGCCCCGUGGGUCAAAGUCGUCUUCCUGGAGAAGCUGCCCGCCGUGCUCUUCAUGAAGCAGCCGCGCCAGAACUGCGCCCGGCAGCGCCUGAGGCAAAGGCGGCGGCAGCGGGAGCAGGAAGGCGGAGGGGGCCUCUUCUUCCGAGACGACCCGGGAGCCAAUUCCUGCACUUGCUUUGUCAACCAGGCCUCCGUCAAGGAGUUCGGAGGAGUUUUUGGGGCUGAGUCGGCCGACUCGGCCAAUGGCUUCCGGGGGCGAGCGGGCCCCAGGGGGCCGUGUGGCUGUGGGCUCAAGGAGGCCGUGGACGGUGUGCGCUUCAUUGCUGACCACAUGCGGAGUGAGGAUGAUGACCAAAGCGUGAGUGAGGACUGGAAGUAUGUUGCUAUGGUGAUUGACCGCCUGUUCCUCUGGAUUUUUGUCUUCGUCUGUAUCUUCGGCACCAUUGGCAUGUUCCUGCAGCCGCUUUUCCAGAACUACGCCACCAACACGUUCCUCCACCUGGCUCACUCAGCUUCCAGCUCCAAGUGAGAUCACUGCCCGCCAGCCCCCAAACCCAAGCCACCUCAGUUCUUCCUGAUGGAGGGCCCAUGGUGGUGGUGGAGGGGUGGGAAGAGUGGGACUGAGGAGCUUCCCUCCAGAGAUUCUUUUUUGCCACACACUGCUUGCUCCUCUUCCUCCCAGGCUUCAUCUCCAAGCUGCUUAUGGAACUUGGCUGGUUUGUCUCCCCAACUUUUUGUUUCUCUGAGGCCCUGAAAAGCAGAUAGUGGUAGGAAAUGCCAGCUGAGAAAUAAAGGAGCAGACACGGCAGGAGAGGGAUGGACUGAGAUCAGAACUCCUGUUGAGAGUUUGAAGCACAAAGAAAUGAAAAGACUCGAGUUCAAAAGAGACCUCAUUCUCCUGGCCAAAAUAAACUGUCUCUUGACCCCGUGAAAAACAGGUGAAGGUGGACCAAAGUGGAGAAAGAAGAAGCAUAUAGAUACAAGCGGGCUUUUCUGGUUUGGGGUCAGGGUAACCCCAUAGGUAGCUCAGGAGAGUCAGGAAGGGGGACUGGAUUCUGUGCAACCCUCUUUUCAGAGACCCAACUCGACUCCUAACUACUGCUUAGCUUAGCUGCAAGGGAUUUCACACUGGUCAGUGGGCCUGAGGGACCUGGGGUGCUCUUAGCUUGAUGCACAAACCCCCUGCUGGAGGGCAUUUUGACCAUUGGUGUCCCCACAUUUCCCCCUUUGUAGAGAAAGUUUGGUGGCACCAUCCCACUGUUUUCUGAGCCAUUUCUGGAACAACAGAAACCUUGGCCCUACCUUCUGGCUUGUCUCAUACCCCCAAUUCAUCACUUUGGUCAUCCUCAGGUACCUUCUCUGCCUUGGGAUGGCAGGUAUAUAUCAGGGGAUGAUGACUUGGUGUCAGGAUGGGCUGAUCUUACAGAGGCAAUCUGGGAAUAUUUCUAGAAUUCCGGGGUCCUAGAAGGAGGGCUUAGGGGAUAAGGUCACUGACACUGCUUUAUCAUGAAAAAGUCCAGAAAGUACAAGUAUCUGACAGCCAAUCUCUGAUAAACUUUUUCUGGGAGGUUGAAUUGAGUUUUUUGCCCAAAGUGACCAAAUUUCGAUGUCCUCUUCAUCUCGGGUAGCCCUAGGCCUCAUCAUCUAGUGGAGGACGUGAGAGUGGGGAACCAGGAGAGAGAGAGAGAGAAAGAAAGAGAGAAGGCCCAGCUUUGUGUGUCUCUCUUCUCUCCUGGCGGGACUUGGAAAGAGGCCCGGCAGCUCGGCUUCCUCCUGUGGAAGAGAAGGCUUUGCUGACUCCUGCGGCUGCCCUCUCCAUCCCUUGGACUUGGCCUCCCACUUUGCAGUGGGAUUGCCGCCUGCUCUGCUCCGAUUCUGACUCGGGAGUUUGGCUGCAGGCCACGACGGCCGCUGUGGGCUAUUGUCCGAGCUAACAGAAUACCUCACCCCUCCGCUUUGACCCAUUUGCAUGCUUUAUCGAGGGUCACUGUGCAGGAUCAGUCGCCCCCCCCCCCCCCCUUCUCCUUUAGAAUCAAUUUUACUUUAUUCUUCUUCAGAGGUGGAGAGAAGCUGGGAUCAGACCAGGUGGAGAGGAAGAGAUAAUUACCUCGGCAAUCCCCUUGCCACUGGCCCAGGAGAACACCCUUUUCCCGGCACCAGCACACCUCCCACUCCUCCCCCCCCCCAAUUUUUUUUUUAAAAAGGGUUCUGUGGGAGUACAAGAUCAAGAGCUAAUUGCAUGUCACCCACAAUGACCUUUUCUGCAAAUUAGUCUCCCUUUGCAAGCUUCUGUUCAGAGAAUGCCGGCAGAGAAAAAAAUCCCCAAAUUUCCGUCCAAAUAGAAAUGAUCAUUGUUAGGAGCGGGCUGGUGGGUCCCCAUCAGUAGAGUCGGGGCCGGAACAGAGUCAAACUCCCAGCCAAUGGGACGCCAAUGGCCCCCUCCUUCCACCCCUGCGCAGGCUGCCGAGCUCUCCACUAGCCGCCCUAUCACUUCUCGCCUCAGCCCCUCCGCUGCCCCUCCCCUCCUCCCCUGCCCUUCCCCUCCUCCCCCCGCGCAGGUUUGGGCUGCUGAGUGCGAGAAGCGCGGCCCUCUGGCGGACUCGCGCAGCCACUACACCCGCCUUUCGCCCCGCAGUGGGAUGGACCAGAACAAAGCUUCCUAGGGCCGGGAGCUCUGCGGAGCCCGAAGGGACUGUCCCAUUUCACAAACGUGGGCGCCGAGGCUGAGAAAGGGGAAGUGAGCCCAGACGAGAGCUCCUCGGGGGCAGUGGUCAUUUAUGGCUAGCCCCUACUAAAUGUAGUGCACGUUGUUUGCGCUUAGCAAGUGGUUGCAAUUAAUUGGCCAGGAUGACGCAGGGCCGUUAAGAAUCAGUUACGGGAAUUCAAACCCAGGCCGGCAUAGAAGGGACAGUGACCCGGGAGAUGUGGGGCGGCAGGGCUCGGCUUCCAGCUCAGGCACUUGAGGCAGACUUCUGGCAAGUCACUCAUGCCUUUGUCAGCAAAGCGAGAUAUAGAUCGGGGAGUUCCCCCAUUUUUUUGUCAUAGGCUCCCACUUUUGGUAUCGAGGCUUACAAACCCCUUCUCAGAAUAAGAUUUGAAAUGCUACUUCAAUUGUUGAAGUUCCCAGUGCAGGGACCCUUUGGGGUCCCCAAAUUAUCUCAGGAUUAAAUUCUGUUCUUUCUGUUAUGCCAGGUAUAGGGAUAAUUUGGAGGAGUUUAGAGGUUGGGCAGGCUCAAACCUUGGCUCUGGAGGCAUAAGAGAGGGAGGGCUGGACCCUAAUGGAACAAGCAAGAUGCUUAUCCAGAUACAAGAAGUUACAGUGGUUAAAAUACUAGUUUUAGGACUAUUAGGUUUCUGUGAGCUGCUGUCUCUUCUACCUCUAGGUCCUCAUUUCCCUUCGGAGAUAACUUUUCCUCCCCCAAGCAAUUUUGCCAGUGUCAAACUAUCAUCUGGUCCCUGCCAUCCUCUGAGGAUGGAUACCAUGGAAAGGGUCAGAAUACAGGACCAGAAAUGAAAGCUUAGAGAAGCCGAGAUGACCAGAACUCAAAAAACAAAAAACAAAACAAACAAACAAACAAAAAACCCUAGCAUGCUGAGAAUCACUUCCAUGAUUAUGUGGGUUUAGCAAAGGAGGGCUCAUUGUCUCUGAAGAAUGAAGACCAUGAACUGUUGAGUAGAAAGGGGUCAGCUGAACCUUGCAGAUAGUGGAAGAGGAAUGCUAGAAAAAAUAAGGAUGGACCAGAUAAACUCUGGACCUGCUAGCUUUGUGAGGUAUGGUAACAUUCUUCACAUGGCAAUACUGAAAGGUCCCCAAGAUUCAAGAAAUGGUGCUGACUCCUGCCUUUUUUUUUUUUUUUUUUAAACCUAAAGAAAUAAUUCUUCUCAAUCAGUUUAAUAGCUGCCCUUGCCUCACCCCAGCCAAGGAAUGAGAAAGAAAGGGGACAUUGGCAUUAUGCAGAACCUUGAUCAAUCUUUGGACUAAAGGUCCUUUCUAGCUGAGGGCAACGAACCCUUUAUAAAACUGUUCACUUUCCCCCAAAACACACACACACACACACACACACACACACACACACACACACACACACCCUCACUUUGAGCUGUAACUCACCUCCCCUUUUGGUGGUCAUUCUUAAGUCCCAACCUGUUCCAGUCUGUUUGCCAGUUUAAAAUUUAGAAGGUUGUUCUUCUAAAGGAGUAUCAUCUUGGUUUUGAUUGAUGUAUAAUAAAAAACACUAUUCAGCAAAAGUCCUGACCAGCUUUUCUUCAAGCUCAGAAAAGGGCUAGAGAAUUAGAUCAACUGUUAGUAAUAAAUUUUGAGUUUAUGAGGCUCAA